GAAAACUAUCAUAAAGGUUAUAAAUAGUACACAUAUCUCGAUGAAAACAGGCAUACUAGAUUUGUACUGGAAAGAUGAAACUGUUUUGUAUAUUUACAUUAGUUAAUCCGAUUUUUUCCGCCUUACUUAAUUCUAAUGUCCGACACACAAUGUAUGGAGAAGUACGGGGUUUUAUAUCAUCACGAGUUUUAGGAACUGACGUUGAGGAAUACUUAGGAGUUCCGUAUGCAGCUCCACCGAUAGGAAAACUUCGUUUUAAGAGACCAGAAGACCCUAUUAAAUGGUGGCCAAAUAUUCUAGACACGAAGAAAAUUCAGCCAGCAUGCCCAACAUGUAAUUUAAAAUACAUUCAGGUUCACAAACCAACAUUCAACAUGACGAGCGAAGAUUGUUUGUAUAUGAAUGUUUACGUGCCUAAGGUUGACAAAUCUAAUCUCCCUGUGCAUUUCUUUAUCCACGGAGGAGACAACGCUGAUGGAAUGGGCGCCAUGUUUGAUGGUGACAUAUUAGCAGCACAUGGACAGAUGAUAGUUAUCACAAUCAAUUACAGGGUUGGCGUCUUAGGAUUUUAUGCCAAUCCCGAACAGAACAUUAAAGGUAACAAUGGAUUAAUGGAUCAAGUGAAGGCAAUGAAUUGGGUUAAAGAAAAUAUAGAGUUCUUCAAUGGUGAUCCGUCCAAAGUGACAAUACAUGGACAUAGUGCUGGAGCAGGAGAUGUAGGUCUGCAUCUCAUGUCUAAUCUCACUAAUGGUCUUUUUAGAUAUGCAAUAAUUCACAGUGGUUCACCACUAGCCCAUUGGAUGAUGUCUGCUUGUGUAAAAACCAGUAGACGAACUAACAUUCCUACAAACUGUAAACCAGAUACCAGCCCUGCCAAUCAAGAAGUUGAAGGUCAUAUUGCAAAUCUUGUUGCUGGUUCAACCAUCAAUGAUUUCUUCUCUUCGAUCAUUUAUGGACAGGAUGUAUUCAAGUCUGUGGUUGAUGGAGAAUAUCUAACAGACAGUCCAGACAAACUGUUCACAUGCAAAGCACCUCAUGUGGAUUCUGUUCUAUUUAUGAUGGCAAGGGACGAAGGAUUUGAACCACGGAUUUCACAUAUAAAAGAGUAUUAUAGAAACAAAAGUAUAGAUUUAAUUGUGACACGUUACAAACAUAUGUUUCCAAAGACAUUUGAAAGAGACAUUAGAAAGAUUUAUGAUGACUGGAAGAAUAACAAAAUAUCCCAUUAUCCCCAUUAUUUACACAUGGUUGCAGACCUAGUUUUCUUUAUGCCAAUGAUAAAACUAGCAGAUAUGAUUUCUGAGUGGAUAGAAGAUGUUUAUGUUCUUAGCUUUGAGUACAUUUCUCAGAAUAUUUCAGGUCCGGACUGGAUAGGUGUUCAGCAUGGUUGGGACUUAUUCUACGUUUUCGGCCAGCCAUUAGUGGGUCAUCCAGGUUUUACUUACACUCCAAGAGAUGCUGCAGUCGCAAGGGAAACUAUGACAGUAAUUAGCGAUUUCGUCAAAAAUGGAUACUUGUCUUUCAAAUCAGAAGGGAAACUUCAAACGUAUAACUCCUCGAGCAAAACCUUUUACAAACUGGAUUAUUCUAACAAACAAACAAAUAUCACGUUGGAAACUAAUUUUAGAGAACCGAGAACAGAAUUCUGGUACAAAUAUCUAUUUACACAAGACUUUCAAUGCAAUGGAGGAAGCGAGAUUCUUAUAACCAUUUAUAUUUAUUGUUUUAUAGCAGUAAUUUGCAUUCUAUUAAAAUAAAUAGAAAUGAA